AUGGAGGAGAGACCUACCAUCAAAUGCCGGAAAUUAACUAUGCACUCGAAGAAUUUUUGCGGUCCUCACAUUAAUAAUCUUGACGAUGGCUGUCUAAUGCUCAUUUUCAGCUUCCUCUCCCCAAUCCCAGAUCGGUAUAACUCUGCCCUCGUUUGCCGCAGAUGGAAAUUCCUGGCUUGUCACCCUCGGCUUUGGUUGCGAGUAGAUAGGUCGGUCAAAGAUCUAUCUUUACCUGGAGUUUACCCAAGCAUUGAGAUAGCUGUCUCCGCAGCAAGGCCUGGGGACACUAUACUGAUUGCAGCUGGGGGCAUUCACCGCACUUCUGAUAUUCAAAUUAAAAAGCCUCUGUGCCUGAUUGGUUCAGGUGACCUUCCUGAUGAUACCACACUCAUUUGCUCUCGUGGCUCUGAGAGUGCACUGGAGUUUUUGUCGACAUGCAAAUUGGCUAAUUUAACCGUGAGGGCAGAGCUCGGUUGCUGCCUGCUUCAUAGGAGUGGGAGGCUCACAAUCGAUGGCUGUAUACUUCAGUGCGAGUCGAACCCUCUGGACCAUCUCUCUCAUGCCAUUGUGACCACAGCAACUACUCCUGAUGGGAUUUCGCCUAGGCCGAAGAAUACUGCUGAUUGUGUUACUGUAAUGCGGACGAGGAUUGAAGGUGGGGCCAAGGCUGUGUUGACUAGUGGAACCCUCUCACUCCAGCAUGUGAGGGUCAUAUACACCCGUACUUCUCUGUUUUUCUGGUUCAAUGUGGAGCAUAGAUGA